UGUUAAAAUGUACGCGUAAUGGAUACCACAGACCAAGCUACCUAUGUGGAGGGGGUGGGUGACGAGGUGGUAUUCGUCACCAUGGUGACAGCCCUAAUCCUCUUCACCCUAACCAUAGUCUACUACAUCACCUCCUCCAAAGUAGAUCACCAUGGUGACCCCUCCACCACCCAGCACCCCCAACUCCACCCCACAGAAGGCCCCCACUCCGACUCCUGCCCCAUCUGCCUGGACACCACCUCCUACCCCGUGCAAACUAACUGUGGCCACGUGUUCUGCGGGGCGUGUAUGUUGGCUUGUUGGGACCACAGCGAGUGGCUGCUGAGUCCCAUGCCUUGUCCCAUGUGCAGACAGACUAUAACUCUCAUCUUCCUUCACUUUAACGAGACGGAGUUAACCACCGUUAACCAGGAGAGACCCCAGCUACUUGACAAGAUAGGGUCCUACAACAGGAGGUUCAGUGGCGCGCCGCGCCCCUGGAUGGACUAUAUCUACGAUAUCCCCACGCUUAUUCGCAGAAUGUGGUCAGACAGUGGGUUAGAUUUCUUGAUGAGAUUCCGUAUUUACGCUUACUUUGCGUUAGCUCUUAUCUAUGUUAUAGCGCCACUGGACCUGUUGCCAGAGUCAGUGUUUGGUGUGGCGGGAGUCAUUGAUGACAUCAUUGUCAUUGUAAUCAUCGCACUUUAUGUUACAAAUACUUACAGAACGUACGUGGCCUAUAGGAAUUUGCAGCCGCUAUUGAACGCUGGCGGCAUGAAUAAUUAGGGGCCUUAUUUUCAGCUCCUAAUUAGGUGCCUUAUUUUUAGCCCCUAAUUAGGGGCCUUAUUUUCCUAAUUAGGGGCCUUAUUUUAGCUCCUAAUUAGGGGUCUUAUUUUCAGCUCCUAAUUAGGGGCCUUAUUUUCCUAAUUAGGGGCCUUAUUUUCUAAACAAAGGGCUGAAUAUGUUAGUUUCACUUUUAGGCCCUAUUUUUAAUGGAUAUUUCACUCUUUGAAUCACUUCAACUCUUUAAGAUUUUAAUUGGUUUUUGUACAACUUGCCUUGCAUACAUGCACAUAAUUAGAACUUUAAAAUACCAGCAUAAUAUUAUAAUGUAUAAUAAUAUAAUAAGUAUUGAUAAUAAUUAUAAAUACCACUGUCAUGUGUAUUCUAUGUCUUGUAAUAACGAUUAUUAUUAUAUUAUCUCCUGAAAUGAACAUCAAGUGUGGCAUUACGAGAACGUAUAGAAUAUACAUGCCCCCGCGAUCUAUACAACACAGUGUAUUGUCAACAACACAUAGAACUACGAUUGUACAGCUGUUAUGCUGGAAUUAGGGGGCCUGUAACGUAGACUGUAAGAGGAUCUCCUGGCUAUUUUUAUUGUUAGUCUUUUAUAGUCGUUUUUAGAUGCUUCGUAAAUCUUUGUUUAGAUGAAGAAAGUUGUAGUAUUUAAUUAAUGAUUUAUUGAUGAUGAAAUAUCUGUUUUUAAUGUAGUUUUAUAGUGCUGUUCAUAUUGGUUUUAGCAUUUUCAUUUCCUCCAUUUGUAAGAAAAGUUUUACAUUUCACAAGUUUUAAUCUUUAAUGCUAAUGGGGUUAUAUCACUAAUUACAAAGGUUUAUACUUUAUAGCCUCUAUAUCGCAAUGAGACUAGUUGUAGUAACCAUGAAGUUGAGUGUGGAGCAGCAAUAUAUAUAAAUAUAUAUAAUAGAGAUAUAAUGAUUAAUGAUACACGACUACACGCACCUCCACUGUGUUAUUCAAUACUUUUGUCAUUUACUCGUGCGGCGGUUCACUCAGGAAUGCUACUUUAAGUAUCAAGAGGAUUGAUAUUCUACUAUUGUGUUCAGAGAUUGUGGGAGGGUAGGAGAUGUUGCUGGGUGUUGUUGCUUGUUUGAUAGUGAUUUGUUGUUUUUGGCUAAUUUUUGAUUGAAUAUAUUAUAUUGUAGUUACAUUAUA